AUGGACGAUCCAACUUUUGGGCACGAUCAACAGGAGACGGGGGUGGCGCCCUCGUCGCCUUACGAACUGAUAGCUUUCAAGAACACAGUGACGCCCGCAGAUGCCCUCAAGAAGCUGGAGCAGUGGCACGAUGGCUUCAGCAAUGUGGAGAUUCAGCGGAGUUUACGUCGCAUCGCAAUUACACUCUACGGUCACCAGAAGCUCGCCUAUCGCUUUCAGACUCGAAUGCACUCGGGCAGGAACAUACUUCUGUACUUCAUCUGCGCUAUACACAGGUGCCGCGCACCGUCGAAUGUUCAAGAGGCCAUGAACAUGAAACGCCUAGCACCAGUGAAGAUGGUCGGGAUCUACUACUUCGACUGCCUCUACUAUGCAAUCAUCGCCGACAUUCGCAGACUUCAAGCUGAUGUUGAGGACCACCUAUCGAGGCAUCCCAACAGCACUGUCCAGCUCCACAACUACGGCAGAGACUGCGAGCACAUCAAUGAUCCAUUCACGAUGAGAGACCUCGGCGAGCUGCUCGAAGAGUUCUGGGUACUGCUUACGGACCAUCGCCUGUUGGGACCUCUGGAGACCGUAGUGCGCACCAAGUCAUAUGCUGACCUAGAUCGUCUCGACCUCGGCGAGCAGGAACAGGAGAAGGCCUUCAUAGAGGAAUGGGAGGCCAAAUCCGCUGCCGAGAGAAAUCGCAUCCUUGAGCGUUCGCGAGGCAUGUAUGACAUGGCGAGUAAGACGUCAGAAGAAGUCAUGAAUAUUCUAUGGGCAGAAUACGCGCCAAAGAUCGAGAUGGCUUGCCCGCAGCUCAACAUCGAAGUGUGGCGCCAGAGUCGAGUUUCCAUCCAUCAACAGCAAGAGCAGCAAGAGGAGCAAGAGCAGCAGUCGGGGCUCGCUCCAAUCGAGCAACAACAGCAGCCGGCGCAAGCGGAGACCAACGUACAAGCACCAGCUCAUGAUGAAGAUGACUCCGCUCCCCAGUACCCGCCAUGCACAUGCAGCGACGACUGUCACUGCAAAGUGGCAUGCGAAUACGGAGUCGGGGAGUGCCAGUGCCAAUUCAGACGCAGAUAUGCCGCGCACCAGCAGACCUCAAGAAACCUUUUCGACGCUCCCACCAACGAAGUCGCGCAGCUUGAAGUCGCCACCGCAGCCGUCGGCAAAGGACGUCCUCACAUGCGCCAAGCUGUCCAAUUCCUGACCGACGCCACCAAUCGCCGCCGUGGUUUGUCGCGCCCCGAGCCAUACAGAGGCCGUUCAACUACGAUCCAGAACCUCCACAACGUGCCAGACGGCCUGGUAUCUCUACGUCCAGCAGCUCGCACCGCCAAGGACAUCUACCCGCUGGGACUGUACGGUGAGAGGGAGACCGGCGGCAGGUUCCCUCCCUUCCCGACGACGACGACCACCACGCAGCAGCCGCGCCCUCUCAACUCCACCGGCCAAGCGACACAGAGCUUCUCGUACGGAACCCGGCCUGCCAGCCCAGCCCAGCCGACGGAAGCGGAGCUGCUCCCACCGCUCCCCUUCAACAGCCCGCCCCGUGCGACCCAGCAGCGCUACGUGGUCGCCGGCGGCAACAAACGCCUCUCCCAGCGAGAGAGCAUCGAAUUCACCUUGGGGGAGGUGCAGGAGGAGGGGGUGAGUGUGCCCAGGAUUGUGGGGCAGGGUGGGGAGGGGGAGGGGGAGGGGGAGAAGGGGGAGGUGGCAGUGGCGGGCAGGGCCAGCGUGGACAAGGCCGAGAAGGGAAGGAGUGGCAGUCAGAUGACGCCAAAAGUGAGCUUCUUGGGGAAGCUCGCUUCCUCAUUUUCUAGGAAGACUGAGUAG